AUGCUGCUCGGGUGGGCGUCCCUGCUGCUGUGCGCGCUCCGCCUGCCCCCGCCCGCCGCCGGCGCCGCCGCCGCACCUGCCCGGGUGCCCGCCGCCCGGCCCCGGCCCCGGGCAGCAGCCGCCGCCGCCGCCGCCGCCGCCGCCGCCGCCGCGAUCGCCCAGCCCCGCCGGCCGCGGCCGCGGGGGGAGGAGGAGGCGCCGGAGCGGGCAGAGCCUCCGGGCCCCCCGGAACCCCCGCCGCCGCCGCCGCCGCCUGGCAGCAGCCGCGGGCUGGUGCACAACAUCGACCAGAUCUACUCGGGCGGCGGCAAGGUGGGCUACCUGGUGUACGCGGGCGGCCGCAGGUUCCUGCUGGACCUGGAGCGGGAUGCCUCGCUGGGCGCCGCUGGCUUGGCGCCCCCGGGAGGCGCCGCCGCCGCGCGCCGCCGGGGCCACUGCUUGUACCGGGGCACGGUGGACGGCAGCCCCCGCUCCCUGGCCGUCUUCGACCUGUGCGGCGGCCUGGACGGCUUCUUCGCCGUCAAGCACGCGCGCUACACCCUGAAGCCGCUGUGGCGCGGGCCCCGGGCCCAGGAGGUAGAGGAAGAGGCCGGGCGCGCGUACGGAGACGGGUCCACGCGGGUCCCGCACGUCUACACCCGCGACGGCUUCAGCUUCGAGGCCCUGCGGCCGCGCGCGAGCUGCGAGACCACCGCGGCCCCGGCGGGACCCCGCGAGCGCCCCUCGCGGCGCAGCGGCGGCAGCGCAGACGGACGCUGGACGCUGGCCCCGCGGCUCCUGGAUGACAGGUCGGCCCCGCCGCCCCCGCCGCCGCCGCCGCCGCCGUCGGAUGGGGACCAGGGACCGCAGACCUGGUGGCGGCGGCGGCGCCGCUCCAUCUCGCGGGCCCGCCAGGUGGAGCUGCUGCUGGUGGCCGACGCGUCCAUGGCGCGGCUGUACGGCCGGGGCCUGCAGCACUACCUGCUGACCUUGGCCUCCAUCGCCAACCGGCUGUACAGCCAUGCCAGCAUCGAGAACCACGUCCGCCUGGCGGUGGUGAAGGUGGUGGUGCUGGGCGACAGGGACAAGAGCCUGGAGGUGAGCAAGAACGCGGCCACCACGCUCAAGAACUUCUGCAAGUGGCAGCACCAGCACAACCAGCUGGGGGACGACCACGAGGAGCACUAUGAUGCCGCCAUCCUCUUCACGCGCCAGGAUUUAUGUGGGCAUCAUUCAUGCGACACCCUGGGAAUGGCAGACGUGGGGACCAUAUGUGCUCCGGAGCGCAGCUGUGCUGUGAUUGAAGACGACGGCCUCCACGCAGCUUUCACUGUGGCUCACGAAAUCGGACAUCUCCUUGGCCUCUCACAUGACGAUUCCAAAUUCUGUGAAGAGAACUUUGGCUCUACAGAAGAUAAGCGCUUAAUGUCUUCCAUCCUAACCAGCAUCGAUGCCUCCAAGCCCUGGUCCAAAUGUGCAUCAGCCACCAUCACCGAGUUCCUGGACGAUGGCCACGGUAACUGUUUGCUAGACCUGCCUCGCAAGCAGAUCCUGGGCCCCGAGGAGCUCCCAGGACAGACCUAUGAUGCCACCCAGCAGUGCAACCUGACCUUCGGGCCCGAGUACUCGGUGUGCCCGGGCAUGGAUGUGUGUGCCCGCCUCUGGUGCGCGGUGGUGCGCCAGGGCCAGAUGGUGUGUCUGACCAAGAAGCUGCCCGCCGUGGAGGGGACCCCGUGUGGGAAAGGGAGGAUCUGCCUGCAGGGCAAGUGUGUGGAUAAAACCAAGAAAAAGUAUUAUUCGACAUCAAGCCAUGGCAACUGGGGGUCCUGGGGGUCCUGGGGCCAGUGUUCUCGCUCAUGUGGGGGAGGAGUACAGUUUGCCUAUCGCCACUGCAAUAACCCAGCACCCAGGAACAGUGGCCGCUACUGCACCGGAAAGAGGGCCAUCUACCGAUCCUGCAGUGUUACACCCUGCCCCACCAAUGGUAAAUCUUUUCGUCAUGAGCAGUGCGAGGCCAAAAAUGGAUAUCAGUCGGAUGCGAAAGGAGUCAAAACAUUCGUGGAAUGGGUUCCCAAGUAUGCCGGCGUCCUGCCGGGGGACGUGUGCAAGCUGACCUGCAGGGCCAAGGGCACAGGCUACUAUGUGGUAUUUUCUCCAAAGGUGACCGAUGGGACGGAAUGUAGGCCAUACAGUAACUCUGUCUGCGUCCGGGGGAAGUGUGUGCGGACUGGCUGUGAUGGCAUCAUUGGCUCAAAGCUGCAGUAUGACAAGUGUGGAGUGUGUGGAGGAGACAACUCCAGUUGCACAAAGAUUAUUGGAACCUUCAACAAAAAAAGUAAGGGUUACACUGACGUUGUGAGGAUCCCCGAAGGGGCCACGCACAUAAAAGUCCGACAGUUCAAAGCCAAAGACCAGACCCGGUUCACUGCCUACUUGGCCUUGAAGAAGAAAAACGGCGAGUACCUGAUCAACGGCAAGUACAUGAUCUCCACCUCGGAAACCAUCGUCGACCUCAAUGGGACGGUCAUGAACUACAGCGGCUGGAGCCACAGGGAUGACUUCCUGCACGGGAUGGGCUACGCCGCCACCAAGGAGAUCCUCAUCGUGCAGAUCCUGGCCACGGACCCGACGAAAGCACUGGAUGUCCGUUACAGCUUCUUUGUCCCCAAGAAGUCCACGCAGAGAGGGAACUCUGUGACGAGCCACGGCGGCAAUAAGGUGGGAUCGCACCCCCCGCAGCUACAGUGGGUGACGGGCCCGUGGCUCGCCUGCUCUCGGUCCUGUGACACGGGCUGGCACACCCGGACGGUGCAGUGCCAGGAUGGGAACAGAAAACUAGCAAAGGGAUGUCUUCUCUCCCAGAGGCCUUCCGCCUUUAAACAAUGUUUGCUGAAGAAGUGCUAG